AUGUUUAUCUGUUUUCGUUCUGUUUGCUUCACGAUCCUUCCACCACCUCCCAAAUCGAGUCUCCUCUCUUCUUCUACCCUUUGCUCCCUCCACCGCCAACCACUUCCUGAUCCUUUUUAUUCGGGAACAGUUCAUCGCCACCGCCAUCCAAUCCGGUCCAGCAGGGUUACCGCCUCGAAACUUGCGAUACAUGGAGAUUGGGGGUUUAUAUCUCCUAGCAUUGGUAAACUCACUAGACUACAGACACCGGCACUUCACCAAAACAACUUACAUGGUCAAAUUCCAAAUGAAAAUAGUAAAUGUCUUCAACUAAGAGCUAUCAUCAGAACAAAAGAAGAUAUUAGGUGGGUGUCUCACCAACCGGUACCUGCUUCUUCCAUAUUCACACCGUCUCCACCACUUAUGGCUAUCAAAUCCACAAAAGUUUUUCAUCUGUUGAGAUUUGAAGCCUCUCAUAACCAUUGUCAUGAAGUGGCAGAUUGUGUUCUAGCGACUACAACCAUUGGUAGGGAAGUAAAGUGGUUUCGCACGGUGGAAAUCAGAGCGCCUCCAAUCAAACCGGGGAGCAAUCUGCUGCUGUUAGCCAAUAAUCUCGAAAGAAAGAAGAAACAUUACUCUCGGUUGCAUUCCAGCCUUGUGAUUCAUCCAAAUGGCCGUGAAAGUGAAGAUCAAUGGAUUCUUGCAGAAGGUCGAGUAGAGGAAUUCAUACAUGCUAAGACACUAUCAGCUUCUGAUCUUCGUGAUCCCGAGAUUUCAAGUCUUAUUGCCGUCAAAAUGAAGGAAUAA